AAUAUAAUAUUUAUCUCCAAUGAAUGCUGAUGAUUUAAGAAAUAAACUGAAUGAAUUAAAUAAGAAGCAGGCUGAUAUUCUAACGAAAAGAAAGGCAAUAAUAAAUGAGAUCAGGAACUUCUCAUUUCAAAAAUAAGAUAACAAAAAGGUUAAAUUAAACAAUGGAAAGGAAUCUAAUGUAUUUCAAAUAAACCUUGUGGGUGCAAAGGAAGAACGUGCAGAAAAGUAAAAGUAGCUUGAUGAACAAGUACCCACUACCUUGAAAGAGAAGGAUAAACGUUUAGCAAAAUUCUUAUUAGGAAACCAUCUCUAGAAAGCGAAAUAAGACUUGAUGGGUGAGAAAUAAAAAUUGGAUAAAUAGAUUGAAAUAAAUAAGAGAUUGGAUGAUAAGGAUAAAUAGGAUUUAUAAACUCUGAAAGAGGAUUAAAAUAGAAAGAAGAGUUCAUUAGUCAAUGAAAGAAAGUAAUUAGAGCAAGAGCUGGCUGCAGAUGAAUAUAGAAGAUAAGUUCUAUUACUUGAGCUAUAAAUUAAAAUAAUGAGAGAUUUUUUUAUUACGAAAACAUACCCUCAUAUUUUAUGGCAGCCAGCUAAAACGAAUGAGGGUAUGAAUCCUCUAAAGGAAUAUAGUACUGAGAAGUUCAAUGUAAAAAUAUUGAUUUUAGGAGCAUAGGAAAUGGAAAAAGAUUUGAAGGACUAACUAUUGAGGGCUUAUACUAAUUUCACUGAAUCGCAAUAUUAAAAGUUGAAGGAAUAAUAAGUUUAAUAGGAGCACGAGAGUUCGUAAUCAGAAAGUGAGGAGUCUUAAGAGAAACAGAAGGAAGAAGGGUAAGAAUGA